AUGCAAGACCAACGGCCCGAGGUUCUCACCGUCUCCAUUGUCUUCUUCGUCAUCGCAACUGUCUUCGUGGCCCUGCGCUUCAUCUCCCGCAUCUUUAUUGUCCAGAAGGUCGCCCUCCAUGAUUAUUUGAUGCUCCUGGCCUGGUCAGCUCCUCAUUCUCCGAUCUUCCCGCAGGUCCUCGACUUCGGCUUUUCCUUCUCCCUCUUCUACGCCACCCACAAAGGUCUGGGUCUCCACGAUACCGACAUUCGCGAAGACCAACGCGCCGGCCUCAAUCGCGCCGACUAUGCCUUCACCGUCCUCUACGUGAGUCGCCCGUGGACUCCUCCGCCCGUCGCUUCCCCUCUGACUGCCCCAGAACCCGGCCCUCAUGGCCGACAAACCUCCAUUCUGGUCUUCUACCUAACCCUCACCCAAGGCGAGAAGGUCUUUCGCUUGGCCAACUACGUGACUCUCUUCGUCGUCAAUGCCGCCGGACUCGCCUUGACCCUCGUGAAUGUCUUCCAAUGCCGUCCCGUCAGCGCGGCCGUUUCCUAUCCCUUUCCCGAGGGUGCCAAGUGCAUCGACAUCCUGACCCUAUACCUAUCCUCGUCGCCCGUCAACAUUGUGACCGACUUGGCCAUUCUCUUCCUGCCCAAUCCCAUCCUGACGCAAAUGCGACUGCCGCGCAAGCAAAAGAUCAUCCUCGUCAUCACCUUCAGUUUUGGUUUCUUUGUCGCCGUCGUCGAUGUCAUCCGCAUUGCCUACAUCCAGGAUGCGGCCACCUCCCGUCAGAUCGCGUUGAGAGAGGUCCAUCUGCAGGAUACCCCGGGUGAUGACCUCAGCUGUACGUCCCCUGUCCUUUCUUUCUCCCUAUCUUCCUGCUGA